AUUGUCCAAUGUCCACCCACAUACUCCCCCCGGGCAGCUUUCCCACUAGACCGGCAAGUUUCAGAGAGACUCAUCAGAGAGAAAGAGAAGGGGGGAUCACGAGCCAUCUCUCUUUCUGAGCACCCCAACAAGUGUGGUGUUGUGUGGUGUGGUGUGGGGUGGGUGAAGUUUCACGGGCUACAACCUAACUCCCAGUCUCUUUCUUCACCCACCAGCUUUCUCUUCAAUCCAGCGGCCCACGUCCAGCCACGUCGCCAGCUCCACCGCCCAUCUUCCAGCUCGAUCUUCGAUCAGGGUUUUGGGGGGUGUCUCUGAACCACUGGUGUUGCAUAUCUUACAUUCCCGGAAGAAUAAUAUAAUGCGUGAAAGAGAGCUUGAGCUUGAGCUUUUGCUUUAGUUCGGAGUUGUGCUUUUGGGUACAAAGGGUUUGAGAGAGAGAGAGAGAGAGAUGGAUAGGUCGGCUGUCACGGUGGGGCCGGGCAUGGACAUGCCGAUCAUGCACGAUAGUGAUCGGUACGAGCUGGUUCGAGAUAUCGGGUCGGGAAAUUUCGGGGUGGCAAGGCUGAUGAGGGACAAGCAGACCGAAGAGCUGGUCGCCGUGAAGUACAUCGAGAGAGGUGAGAAGAUAGAUGAGAAUGUACAAAGGGAAAUUAUAAACCACAGGUCAUUGAGGCAUCCCAACAUUGUCAGAUUCAAAGAGGUCAUAUUAACACCGACACAUCUAGCUAUUGUGAUGGAAUAUGCAUCUGGAGGGGAACUCUUUGAACGGAUAUGCAAUGCUGGCCGGUUCAGUGAGGAUGAGGCACGCUUCUUCUUCCAGCAACUUAUAUCAGGAGUUAGCUACUGUCAUGCAAUGGUAUGUGAAUUAAGUUUUCUAUUUGUAAUUUACGUCGUAAAACAUACCACUCUAUGUCUGACUUGGAUUUCUUUCUCUGUAUCUCUUAUGAAGCAAGUAUGCCAUCGUGACUUGAAACUAGAGAACACAUUGUUGGAUGGAAGUCAGGCUCCUCGUUUAAAGAUUUGUGAUUUUGGGUACUCCAAGUCUUCGGUACUGCAUUCACAACCAAAAUCAACUGUUGGCACACCUGCAUAUAUUGCCCCUGAAGUGUUGCUUAAGAAAGAAUAUGAUGGCAAGAUUGCAGACGUGUGGUCUUGUGGGGUGACCUUAUAUGUCAUGUUGGUGGGCGCAUACCCUUUCGAGGAUCCUGAGGAGCCUAAAAACUUCCGCAAAACAAUUCAGCGAAUUUUGAAUGUCCAGUACUCAAUUCCUGACUAUGUUCAUAUAUCUCCCGAGUGUCACCAUUUGAUCUCAAGGAUAUUUGUAGCUGACCCUGCAAAGAGGAUAACCAUUCCUGAGAUAAGGAACCAUGAGUGGUUUUUGAGGAACCUUCCAGCAGAUCUCAUGGAUGAAAAAACAAUGAACACUCAGUUUGAAGAGCCUGAUCAACCCAUGCAAAGUAAUGAUGAAAUCAUGCGGAUAAUUGCUGAGGCUACCAUUCCUGCAGCAGGGAGUCACAGCCUCAACCAGUAUCUGACUGGCAGCAUGGAGUUUGAUUGUGAGAUGGAUGAGGAGCUGGAAUCUGAUCCUGACCUUGACAUUGAUAGCAGCGGAGAGAUAGUGUAUGCAAUGUAAUGCUGACUGCUGCCUGCCAAGAGUUGAAUAGACCCAUCUCCUGGGUUUUCUUUGUUGGGGGUGUGGAAGAUUAGAGGAAAAGCUUUUUUCAUUUUCUCUGCAAUGGAGGAUUAUGGGUUUGAAAUUUGUACAUGUCAAUGAGGAUCUCUUCUUAUCACUCCUCCUUUUGCUCUAUGUAUCAUCUUUUCCAGGGAUGUGCUACUAUUCAUCUGUAUUUUUAUGCUUCGCCACUUUCAUAUAUAUGUAUUGCCCGUGUAACUGUAAUUGUCAUGUUUGUGGCUUUGGCUGUCUAGUAGUGUCAAACUCAUGCUAUUUCUUAUUGUGUUUAUUGGGUGAUUGGCUAA